GGGACCACAAAGAUGAUGAAUCUCAUCUGCCUUGCUCUCUGCAUCCUUUCCAUCGCAUCACUCCUUAUCUGUGCGAAUGGCUGGGGCAUCUAUGACAGCAGCAUGGGCGCCGGCCUCUGGACCACGCCGCAGCUCCACGCUUUCGACCCUGUGCGCGCCGGCAAGGACUGGAUCCACGUCAGCUGGACGGCCGCGUUCAACCCUUGGGCGGAGCUGCACAGCUAUGAGCUGCAGGUGCGGACGGUGUUCGGUUCGGAGCAGACGUUCAACUGCGAGUACAUGAAGAACAGAAAUGAGCUGCAUGCCAACUACGAGGGCUGCAGCAACAUCGACUGGGGACCUUGGGUCACCGUCUACACUGGCACGCAGCGACUGGCGAGAGCCACUGGGUGAGAAAUGGAAUGAAGGGCCGGGCUCACGUGACGAUGGAGUCCUAUCUCUUAUGUGUCACGGUCUCUCUCUCUGUUAUCUUUUUCCACUCAGGUUCAACUACACGAAUCCGGAUAAUGCUCUGGAGCAUCGGUGGGAGCUUCUUCUCCCCGGCGCGCCUUACUGGUUCCGCGUACGUGCGGUUGGCAAGGGCAGCUCAGGCACGAGCGCUUGGAGCGCCCAGCUGGUAGCCUUCACACAGCUCAACGCCACUCAGGACCGCUUCAACAUCUAUCUGCGGGGCACGGGACGCAACAACCCCGCACACGCCAUCAUACAGGUGGACGGCAGGAGGCUUUAUGAGCGCAUGGACGAGAGGGGGCUCGUGCUGGCCGUCUUCGAUCGCACCGACUUCGAGCUGGCGUCGAUCGAGACCUUCGACACAUUCGGCAAUCGGACGGCGGCGUACAUGAUGGCACAGCGGCUGAAUCAGUUCGAUCAGCGGUAUGUGGUGCUAGUGGUGUCUGUUGACGCGUGGGAGGCGCAGGUGUCAUUGACGCUGGCGAGGGAGCUGGCUUUGUGCGGGGCCUACCACCUGCAGUCCUUCCCAUCUGUACACAGGUGUGCAUGUUUAGCCCACGGAAGCGAGAAAACAUGCACGUAAUCGAGCGGGGCCAUCUGCCUGCAUCCAUUUGUCUCUCUGUCUGCGAUGUGUUGUCAUGUGUCUGUCAGCGAGAAGACCAUUUUGUCGCCCUAUUCUGAUGCCGACCAAUCGGCCUCGUCUAAGGGCUUCGGCCACCCAUACGCCUUCAUCGGCAUCCCAGGACUCGGUACAGGCGCCGGCUGGGAGGCCAUCCAGUACCCGACGGGCCACUAUCGCAGGAGCGGCCUGACGCCUCACGCUGAGAUCCGCGCUACUGUCUACUACGACUACGUGACGCGGAUGUUUCGGAUUGCCCCAGACGUCCUGCAUCCAUCGGCUGGCUUCUUCCUUGGGGCGUCCCCCCCGCAGCCUUCAACUCUGCACAAUCCGAUGCCAACAAGACCACAGAACGACACGAACCAGACGGCAAACGGCAACAACGUGUCUGUACUCGCUCCCCACUCACUUAUCCGAAAUCAGCCCCCCAUUCCUUACGAGCCGUACGUGUCGACCGUCCGACAGCUGAUGCCGCUGCUGCUGGAGGCCAAUGAGACGAAUCUGCAGUCGAGGAAUCGCGGCUACGAGAUCACGACAGUGGCGGGUGUGCACGUGGUCGAUCCACGGCCAUUGGAUGACACCUUUACUGAGCUGGAGGCCUUGUGGGGCGGCCCCAGUAGAAGGGAACUCAGCGACCCGGUGAUCAACAUGACACAGCAUGUGACGGACGUGGCUUCCCUCCAGCCUAUGACAUCGGCCAACAACGACACGUUUUUCGUGGUGGGCAUUCCGAGGAAAGAUCGAGCGUGUUACGGCUUCGUCCGCGAGGGAUACUUCAAUCCCCUGCCGCCGGCAGAGUGCGCCAGCUACGCGCCUCCCACAUGGCCCGUGACGUGCUGCACACCUGACCAAGCCGACAGGGCUCGAGUGGAGCUGUUUCGAUGCGGCACGGGGUUGACACCCAAGAUCUGCUAUCCCCCUGAUGUGUCCCCGCCGCUGAGCGUCAUGACGGUUAUUGACAACCUCAGGUUCCAUGUUAGAGCGUUUUGACGUAUAUAUGCAUCCGUACAUGUCUGCCGCGGUGUGGCGCGUGGGGGUGGGCUUUGAUCGCUCCUUCCUGACUGGCAUCAUUUAGUGUGUACUUGCAUGCGCAAAUUGUACAGAGCUUCAUGGCCGUGUACACAGUUUUCAUGUUUCGAUGUACCAACACACGUCUCCAAUCCGGGUUUGGCU